UUUCUUCCAAUCGUUUGUUACUCUGAGGUUGCCUAACUCUCUGUACAACAGGGGGGGAUGCCAGCCCGUAGCAUGGACUGUGAUGUCUCCACUCUGGUUGCCUGUGGGGUUGAUGUGGAGAUUUUUGCCAACCAAGAGGUUAAGGAAAAAUUUGAAGGCUUGUUCCGUGCCUAUGAUGACUGUGUGACAUUCCAGCUCUUUAAAAGCUUCAGGCGUGUGCGGAUAAAUUUUAGUAGUCCCAAAUCAGCUGCUCGUGCCAGAAUAGAGCUGCAUGAAACACAGUUCAGAGGGAAGAAGCUAAAGUUGUAUUUUGCACAGAUUCAGACCUCUGAGACAGAUGGAGACAAGCUUCAUUUGGCACCACCACAGCCUGCGAAACAGUUUCUCAUCUCGCCUCCAGCCUCCCCACCUGUAGGGUGGCAACCCAUAGAUGAUGCAACACCUGUCAUCAACUAUGACCUCCUUUAUGCUGUUUCUAAGCUAGGACCAG